CCCGUAGAAUAUUGACGUCACCGAACUUCCAGUUGUUUACAAAUGGCGGCAGCUUAACAAGUGCGAGCUAAGAAAGUAGAUAAGUUCCCAGUAUGGCAGAGAAAGCCAAGACGCCUCUCACGAAAGACAGGAAAUUUAGGAAAAAAGCUCAAAAGGAGGAGGAGGAGGAGGAGGUGAAAAUCAUCGCUGAGGACACCAAGAUGGACUCCCACACAGAAGCUGUGAAAGAUGAGCAGAAUGAAGUGACAUCAACAAAAACAUCUACAGUUCAGACAUCUGUUAAGACUCAGGAGACUGUUGAGUUUAGUACUCUGGAUCCUGCGGAACAUGGCUUAAACAUGGAGGAGGAACAGGACAUUCAGUAUGUGCCCCCACCUAGAGAUGACACCCUUCCAGACCUCUAUCGCCUCAUGGACAGCCUGGAGGAGGGUGAAAUUGACCUUGUUACAAAGAGGGACCCCCCAGCUCUGUUCACCAGGGAAGAACAUGUCCCUAAAUAUGAGAAGAUAUCAGAACUGAAAUUGGCUAUGGAGAAGGAGGAGUACCCAGCUUAUCUCAAUGAGUUCGAGGAGGGAAUAAAGGACGAUGUGGUCAUGCUCGGCCAGAUCUCGCUGGACGAGGUUCAGGAUGAGGAAAAAAGACUCCGAGAUGAGCACAUACAAUACUUGGACCAGGAAGCUGAGAGGAAGCGUAAAUUGCAAGAGGAAAUUCUUCGACGUGAGGAGGAAGCCAAACAGAGGAUGGCUAAAGUGACCAAAGACAGCCGAACGGACAUAGCCAAACGAGAGGAGAUCUUGCGACAGCGAGAGAAAUUGUUGAUGGACCGCCUUCACAGGGCCUACAGACGAGCAGAAAGUCAGCUCAUUAGUGUUCUAGAGCGGAGGAAGGGGGAGGUGCAGACUUUCUACGGCGACCUGAUGCUGGCGGAUGGUGUGUAUGGUGGAAGUCAGAGUAGAAGAUGGAAGGUGGACUGGAACAAGACACCCCAGCCAAUUCAGAUCAAACUGAUGUGUCUUAGAGGGGUCAGGGACAAGCUGCCAGGUGGUAGAUAUGUGUUGAUGGCGUCUCUGUACAAUCGCCUGGGAGGUCACAAUAUGAGGUGGUCCCAGCUGAAAGGGCAGACCUGGGGUGCGGCUACACUGCCAAUGAAUCACGAUGGCAGAUACUACAAUGUGGAAAUGAAGAUGGAUCAGAGCGUGUUCACGAUCCUGCCAGCCAAAGCUUCCUUGAGACCUGGAAUGGUCUUGAUUUUUGAACUCUUCCUCCUGAGGGGUGCUGUGGUUGCUACAGACCGUGUGGUGGGUUGGGGAUGCUUUCCGAUCUGUGAUGGGCAGUUUGAUAUCAUUGAGGGAAAAUACAAGUGUCCGAUGUUGCGAGGUGAGAUGGACUCCCUACUGGACAAACACGAGAAGAUGGAGGAGCUAAUGGCUUCCGACAUGGACCACUGGCUGUGUAACAUGUAUUUUGAGAUCAUCAAACUUCCAAGACACCUGGCCGGACAGAAAGAGUAUGAGGUGGAACUGGAAUUCUCAUCCUCCAUCACUGGAUUUCCCAACCGUGUCAACCCUGGCGAGGAGUAUCGGGACGGGGAGGAACCUAUCCCAGGGUCAAUGUCCUCCAUGAACUCCGACCCCAGUACAUCUCGUAUUAGUUUAACCAGCCCCACAGGGACAGAUUUUGAUGGCAACAAGUCAGAUGCUACGGCGACCAAAGUGAAGCUGAAUGAAAAAGCAGGAUCAGAUGACAAGAGGCCCUCCACAGCUGCGACCACUUUUGGAUCUCGGAUUAUCCACAAAGACAGGAAAGUUGACCUGGAUUCUGACUCGGAUGAUGAGAAUGCUGAAGAGGAGGCUCUCGCUGACCUAAAUGACCUCAAGGCCAUCCGUAAAGAGGAGGACUUCAGGCAGGUGGACAGGAUGCCAGGAAUGUUUUAUAAGCGAUACCUGAACAAUCCUGUGGAGGUUUACCACAACAAGCUGUACUCCCUGUUACCACGGACACACAUCCUGCAGCCACCAGCAAACAGGAAGAAACUGACACAUGUGGAGGAGCUUGAGCAGCACUCCUAUAUCGUCCAGCCUCCUUUCGCUGAGAAGGGUCACACUACCAGUGGAACCAACAAGAAGCUGCAAUACGUGGGGCGGCAGUUCAUGGCGGAGCUGGGAUUGUCUCAGUGGAGAAGCAGGGAAUUCUGGGGAAUGUUGCUGAUGUUUAUCAUUGUCUUCUUUAUGCGCAUGUUCAUCCACUACAUUGGACAGUGGAUGUUCCUCAAUGCUAUCGACAUCCCAGUCAACAAGUUUAACUUCCUGCCCUACACGGUGGAGCUGAACUACCAGAGUACGUUGAUGGCAACCCGCGAGGAGAUUGGCGUGGUGUGGCUGGGACCCCUUGCGAACAUCUUGGUCUUCAGUCUGCUUGUCAUCUUCUGCUGGGUCUGUCAGAAGCUGUUUGGAUUGUUCCCGGACUUGGCAUGUAAAUUUGUAGUGGCCUACGGACUGUUCACGUUUCUUGACCCCAUUCUGAUACUCAUAGUGGACAUGGCCCUCAAGCGGUACGAGGACACUUCGAUUUACCCCCAGGCUGAUGUGGUGAAGCUGUACUUUCACUUCCUGCGUCUGGAGGGCUCGGGGCUGGCGGGAAUCUUCAUCGUGGUGUUUCUCUACUCCUUCACUAUGUUUAUGUCAGCCUCCAUACUGUACAUGUACUUCCUCAGGCUUCACAAUAACGGGCGUAUGCUGGAUGUGUACUGGCGUCUCCAUGGUGAUGAGGACAACUUCUUCCUGCCCUAUGAUCUUGAAGUGUCCAAUCAGGAGCUGAAUUACAUCGUGAAGAAGUCAGAGAAAUGGAGAGGGGAGGAGGGGGAGAGGCGGAAGACGGCUGUGUAUGAUUAUAUAUGGGAGGAGGAAGAUGUGGAGGAGAGUAUUUGGGAUGAGACUGGAGUGGAACAUAAAGAGACCGUGAAGGGUAGGAAGGAGAUCACCACUCAUGUCUCCAUCCACACCAUUCACCUGGACGGGCUCCGUGAGCUCUACCGUCACUUCCUACGUCUUCCAGACGGCGCCGUGGUAGAGGUAUUUGGAGACAUCUCUAUUCCUGGGAUGGAUAAAGACAUGAAGAUGGCUUUAGAGCGAGGGGCUCGUGGCGUGGAGAACCUGAUGGGCUCGCAGGCAAGCUUCCAUGGGGUUCGAGGCAGAAAAAGUGUCCACACUCGAUCAGGAUUCACUGCAGAUGACUUCCGUCCUCCAGCCUCCCCCACCCCAAGCAGCAGUGAUGACUCCCUCCCCAAGAAAAAAAAGUAAAAGGCAACGAGGACAGACAUUGAAGUGACUCCCUUCUGUAGAAGGAAUUUAAAUUAUUAGAAGCUAGACUUUUUGUUUAAAGUAACCAUUUCUCUGCUUUUACAUGUAUCAGCAUUAAUAAUAUUCCACUGGUAAAGAAAGCUGUAAGUGAAGAUCAAACUGGAGAUUCUAGGAAGUUUGUAAACAGUCCGUACACAGAUAUGUAAUUUUUUGUAAUGUACCUGUAUGCUUUGAGCAAGUGUUAAGCAGGACUUAAGUAUUUGUUUUGUCGGUUAUUGUGGAGUAAAAUAUUGAUUGUGAUGUCAAUAUUACAUGGAAUAUUUUGUCCAAAUCUAACCCUCAAGCUCUAAACGUGUUCUCUUUCAUUCAGUUCUUGUAAUUUUUACUUUUACUUGGCAAGUUUAAAGGCUAGAUGCAAUACGGUUUUCACACUUUUAUUGAGAUGUUUAUUAUUUUUAUUGUUCUUGAAAGUAAAUGAUACAUGUAAUCUGUGUAUAAAUAUAUAUUUUUAACCAUAUAGACUUACAUGUGUAUGUUUGUAUUCACUUAGUGACUUUGUAUAUUGUAUGCCAUCUUUAAUACCCCCCCCCCCCCAUUUUUUCAUUUUAGAUAUAUAUUCUUAUUUCUAUACCACCAUCCCUCUUCAUGAGAGCCAGGUUAUAUGGAAGGUGCCCCACAAGUAAUCACCCUGUCCGUCUGUCUGUCUAUCCAUCAGUGGUUUAGAUCUAACAGCUCUUUCUUUAUGGAGUUAUGGGACUUAGAAUUUGUUAAUAUUGAUAAGAUAAUGGUCCUUUCUAUGUCACUCAAUAAGUUGAGAUUACAUGAGAAGCUUUUUGUAAAUUUUAUACAUAAUACCCCCAUUAGGCAGAGGAAGACCCCAUUUGAUUUUCAAGUUUCUCUCCGUCCGUCACCACUUUCUAUGUCAAGCAAGAUUUUCAUCUGUCCGUCCGUCAGGCACCAUUGGGGGACCCUUUCGACCUUUCAGUUUUCUAGUUUCAAAUGUUUUCUAUAACCCCUCCUGCCCAUCUUGUUUUGAAAUAUAUUCUAUAAAAUCCACAUAAUAGCAUAAUCAUAAUAUAUUUUUUAUUAUUAAUUAUAGAUUAUUGAAGUACAAAUCAAUGAAUAUGUUGAUGCAGAUACAUAACUGUAUUUAUUGUUAAUGUUGUUAGUUGUAGAAUGUUAUUUAUAUUUCUGAUCUUCUAGUCUGUGAUAGAUUCUUACUUUUGACAUUCCAAUGUAACGUUAUCAAUCUCUAUACACAAGAACGUCAAAUGUUGAAUAUCGCUGUACAGCAUGGAAUACCGGGUGUUUAUGUAUUUUAGCGGGAUUGUUUAUUUAGCGUAUUUGGCGGUGAAAGAGGAGGACUAAUUUAUGGUUGUGCUAAAACACGGAAACCUCUCUUUAUCCAUAGGUAUCACUCGUGCUAAAUCCUGAUUAUGCCAAACAGCAUGCCGUUUCCAACUGUGCAAAUUUUUAUUUUCAAUAUUUUGAACAGAAGUACAAAAAGUCCCAUACAAUAAGUAUUUAUUUAAAUAUGUGUAGAAAAAUCAAAAGAUUUAAAUAUGUAAUAUAGCUAUGAAAUUGACCAGUGAUUUGUCUGUGAUAUGAUUACGAUUUCUAAUUGUCUCCCUUGAUAACAGCGACUGCUGGCAGUCUUAAUACUCCGUCCAACUUUUUAUCAUAAAUUUUAAACACCAAGUUACAUAUAUUUUAUCCUGUUUUCCCCCACUAUGAUUUAUAUAAUAAAUUAAAUAAACAUCAA